GGCAUCUGCUUUAGUGUGGCGUGUGCAGCUAUCGCGUCGAGUCCAAAAACCCUCCACUUGCGCACCACUCGUCCCGGCUCGGUUCACACUCAAGCAAAGUCUCACACGCUUCGCCGAACACCAUCCAGGCGAUAACACACUCAAAAAUAUAACCAACCGAAAAGUUCAAAAUUUUAACUCCGUCGUUUUUUUACUCGAAUCGUAGAAAGCAGUUUCUCUUUUUCUCCGGUAGCUCUCCCCCUAUUUUCUUGGCUCGGCGCAGAAAUAAGUAAUCAGACGGUCUUUCGAAACUCGGUACUUGCAAGUAGGCGUAAGAUAGUUAGUCGUUUUAUUCUUGUAGGAUAGGUUACUGUAACAACACGACCAGAAAUGGAAGAUACGAAAGCCAGUGCACCGAGCUCAGCCACCACCGUGAAAACCAACGCCGCGGCCGCACAGCCGAAGAAGGAAGACACCGCGACUCCUUCGGUCAGCGCCGAGGGUAUGGGACUACCACUAAUGCAGUGUGGCUCCUUGGAGAUCGGCGAGGAGCGUCGUCGGCGCGUCAACAUGAUGGAGACCCUGAGCCAGGUCAGCGAGAACUCGACCGGCGGCAGCGGUAGCGGCGGCCAGCAGCGGCUGGCGGUGCUCAGCUACGAGCAGGUGCGCCGCCUCAACGACGUCAUGGACGAGGUGGUGUCGAUCCACGGGCGCGGCAACUUCCCCACGCUGGAGGUGCGCCUGCGAGACCUGGUGACGGUGGUGCGCGCCAAGCUGGAGGCGGAGACGGGCGUCCGCGUGCGCGACAUCCGCCUCAACGGCGGCGCCGCGUCGCACGUGCUCGCCACCGAGUCGCAGCCCUACAACGACCUCGACCUCAUCUUCGCCGUCGAGCUGUCGGGCGGGCGCAACUUCGACCGCGUCAAGACGGCCGUGCUGGGCUCGCUGUUCGACCUGCUGCCCGAGGGCGUCAGCCGCAAGCGCAUCACCACGUGCAGCCUCAAGGAGGCGUACGUCUCCAAGAUGGUGAAGGUGAACCACGACGGCGACCGCUGGUCUCUCAUCUCGCUCGGCAACUCGCGCGGCCACAAGAACGUCGAGCUAAAGUUCGUCGACUCGAUGCGGCGCCAGUUCGAGUUCUCCGUCGACUCGUUCCAGAUCGUGCUCGACUCGCUGCUGCUCUUCUACGAGUGCAGCGAGCUGCCCAUCGGCGAGAACUUCUACCCGACCGUCGUCGGCGAGUCGGUGUACGGCGACUUCCAGGAGGCGCUCUACCACCUGCACAAGAAGCUGAUCGCGACCAGGCACCCGGAAGAGAUCCGCGGCGGCGGCCUGCUCAAGUACUGCUACCUGCUCGUCAAGAACUACCGGCCGGCGCAGCCCGACUACAUAAAGACGCUCGAGCGCUACAUGUGCUCGCGCUUCUUCAUAGACUUCUCAGACAUCAACCAGCAGCGCGCCAAGCUGGAGAACUACCUGUGGAACCACUUCGUGGACGCGGACGAGGAGCAACUCAAGUACCAGUACCUGAUGCUGCUGCACAGCGUCGUCGAGGAGUCGACCGUGUGCCUGAUGGGCCACGAGCGGCGGCAGACGCUCGCCCUCAUCGAGGAGCUGGCCUACCGCGUGCUGUUCGCCGAGCAGAGCCGGCUGCUGGCGGCGCACCACCAGGCGGCCGCCCCCGCAGCCACCGCCCCCGCCGCCCCCGCGCCCACCGCCACGCUGCUCUACACGACGGGGCACGGCCACGUGUUCUACGCGCCCGUCAUCCCCACGUGCACGUGCGCCGGCGGCGCCGCCGCUGCGUGGAUGGCCGCAGCUGCCGCCGCUUGCUCCUCGUGAUGUCCGCGCUCGCGUUCGCAGCUGCGCGUUCGCGUCCACUGCCGCCCGGAGGCGGUCGCAGCCGCAGCGGCGGAGCUCUUCUGCAAACUGUGAACGCGGCGGCGGCCGCCGUCCGCCCCCACACUCCGCCGGCUCAGGAGGUGCUGGCCGCUUACCGCCUCGUACCCAGAAACUGUGCGACGGGAAGCAAAAAAAAACAACAAACCCAUAAACUGUUUCACGAGUUCGUCGCGACCGUGACGACGUCACGUUGCGGCACUGAACCUACUGUUGAGUCAUAAAAAAAGAGAAAUAUUUUCUAAUAGCAUGAAUGCACGAAAAAUGACGAAAAAGUGGACAAAACGGACUUAACAGGAAAAACACUACGCUAAAAAAAUAAUUGCGACCAAACCAUUCCGAGAAACACAACUCGUUUAAAUUGAUUUGGUGUGUGGCUGUGAAAAAAAGCUCCAAAAGAAAUAAAUGAAAUUUCUGGUUGUGCUGUUUUGAAUUACUAGGAGGAUAAGUUUCAAUUUUCUUUUUCAUGAAUAAGGUAGAAUGCAGCCUGAAGUUAAAAUAUGCAGUAUGUUUAAUGCUUUUAUCUGGUAACUUGGUUGAAGAUUUUUUGAAGUAAUUGAAAGUUUUCUUGAAAAAUUGUAGGUAAGAUGUUUGAAAUCAUAAAGUUUCUUGCAGGUAUUUUAGAUUAGGUUUUGUAUAGUAGUAGUAGCAACAGCAGCAGACAAGGGUUGAGUAUUCCAAAGUAAACGGAGUGAUGAUACGUCACGCCCCUUGAUGCUCGCUUGUUUCCGUAUGAAAUUACUUGUUGACAAAGUUUACUUACAGCGUCCCCGAACAGUUCAGGGACAUAAAUUCAGCACGGUGUCCGAAGGAGAGAGCCAACUUCUAUUUACCAUCUCUCUUCUGCCAGUUACAAUAGUGGAGACGUGAGUUUUUUGUGAAAAGUCCAUACUUGGGAAUGCACAACUUUAGUCUGUUUACAUAACCGCCUCUUUCUGUGGCUGUCACGAUGGUUCCGUAUUGCUCGGUUAAAUGUGCCAGUUGACCUCGCCGAGGCGAGCAAAUUCGCUCGCGAGGAGAAAGGGAAACCGGCCUGUUAGGAUGUAGGCUGUGCUUGCAGGAAGUGCACAAAAGCUUCGCGACUGAGGUAUCCUUUUUAAAGGGUGGCUCCACGUGAAGUGAUCCUACGAAGCCAGAGGCGGGACGUAACACGUUCGGUGCAACUUUGAACGGGUACUGUAGAGUGUGUUCAGAAUUUCUUUAAAAAUGUCGAAAGUAAUAUUUAUAUAGUUCGAUGAAAUCACAAAAACAGCUAAUGGUUUUUACAGACUACCUGAGUAAUUUGGAAACAUUUUAAAUUUUUAAGAAAACAUGAGAAACACGAAUUUUUAUCGUUUUAGAGUUAACGAACAAUAGACAUUAGAAUUAAUCUUAAGAAAGGUAGAGGCACACUCUCCGUUAGCUCGGUGUUCGGCAAUUUUUUUAUUUCUUGCCCAAGUGUGAGCACUUUAAGCAUAGAUAAUUUAGAUUUGCAAGUACUGUUUCGUAAGACUGUCAACGUUUGUCUCCACAGUGAAAUUAUGCCCAAACUGUGAGACUCGUAAUUUUUUUGAGCAUUGCACAUUAAUUCUCCUAAUUCGUUAGCACUUCUCUUGCGUGACUGGAAGUUUUAGGAACUUUUAUUAUGUAUGUGUGAUUGCUAGUUGCAUGGCUUUACCAGGAAUGACAGAAAAAUGUGCAGAAUAUUGCUUUUGUUGUUUAUAUUCCAAAUAUUAGAUCUCAGUAACAUUUCUUUAUGACCGUCGGAUAAGUUUUGGGAGUGAUUAAGCAUAAGAUUUUUUCUUUGCAUGACGUGAAGUUAUAGGUUGUCGUCAGGUUUAUUACGCAUGGUAUUGACUUUAAAGUAAUAAAACUUUCAAACAGCAUUUCUUAUCACUAGUGAUUAAGUAAAAAACAUUUAAUUGUAUCGAUGUGUAUAUAUCAAUAUUACCUAUUUAAAGAGAAAAGGUGUAUCUUCAAAGUUCGCUUGUAAUGUGCUCUGGCUUCGAAGCCAGAUGUGUUUAAACUGACACUGGCCCGUGAUCUGCACUAGCUCGCGAUCCCUGUCCCCCCUUUCAACGUAUUACAAAUGAUUCUAUCGGGUGCCAAAGGUUUAAAAGAUCUUGCUCAAAAGAACGUCAGUGAGAAAGAAAUGAAGGAAAUUAGUGUGCUGUACUGCCAAUUGUCGUUACUCGUGACUGUUAAUGUUCACACCAGAUCUGGAGCACAUUGCACGGCUUUGUGAGCGUGAAACAUUAUUCAGUAGAGUAAGCACGUAGAUUGGUAGAACUUCAGGCUGCAAUCCCUCUAAAGUGGCAUUUAGGCAGUAUGGAAUAGGCAAUAAGAAGAUAGUUAUUUUAAUUAAAAAUUUCUUACAAGAGAUGUAUUUUGUUUGCAGAUAGCAAAGAAAUGUUUUGCCAUACUGGUAAUUUGCUUAACUAUUAAGAGCCUUUGGCUAUGAGAAUACUAUAGUAUUUUGCUUAAAGGUUGAACUGUCUGAUUUAAGAAAAGUUUUCAUCUUCUGUAUUAAGGUCCUUUUGGCAAGUGUACUUGUCUGUUGUUUCAUAACAUGCUGGAACAAUUUCGACUGACACUAAUGUUACUCCCUGCAUUCCCCAAUGUCUGCUUAAUUAUUUUGUUACCAAAUAAUUUAGGUAAGCAUGAACUUGGUGGGGAAUUACAUUUUGAUGAAAAAAAGUUCAUUAAAGUACAUAAAAACCUGA